AUGUCGCCCGCCGUUAAACUCAACCCCGAGCCCGACUUGGAUAUUAGCUUUCAGGACUUUUUGGUCCUUUCUAAGCUUGUUUUUGACUGGGCUGAUAGCUACGAUGCCAAGGACUGGAAGCGCCUCCGCAGCAUCAUUGCCCCAACUCUGACAGUCGAUUACACAAAAAUCGGCCUCAAGAGAUGGGACAAUAUGGCUGCCGACGACUACAUGGCUAUGGUGACCCACCCAGGAUUCUUGGGGGAUCCCACCAUCAAGACGCAGCAUCUACUCGGCCAGACCUGGUGGGAGAAGAUCUCCGAUACCGAGGUGAUCGGUUACCAUCAGCUCCGCGCCGCGCAUCAAGUGUAUACGACCGACGGUUUGGACGAGGUCAAGCUGCGGGGUCAUUCGCACGCCACCAAUGAACACUACUAUCGGAAGGUCGAUGGUGUGUGGAAAUUCGCAGGGUUGAAGCCCAAUGUGAGGUGGAACGAACUUCGUUUCGACGAGGUUUUCAAGGGGUUGGAUUAA